UCAUCACGCAAUGCCCUACCGUGUUUGACGCCAUCACGCGCACGUGCGAGUCGGUAGGAAGCGCGGUGUGGGGGGUUUAUCAUCUGGAAGGAAAAUGGCAUCGAGGUCUCCGAUAAAGAUUGGGAUCAUUGGUGGUUCUGGUCUUGAUGAUCCUGAUAUCCUGGAGGGCCGAACAGAGCGCUAUGUGGAGACUCCGUUUGGAAAGCCUUCUGAUGCUCUAAUUCUGGGCAAGAUCCGGGACGUACAGUGUGUGCUGCUCGCCAGGCAUGGCAGGAAACACACCAUCAUGCCGUCUAACGUGAAUUAUCGUGCGAAUAUCUGGGCUCUGAAGGAGGAGAAGUGUACUCACAUCCUCGUCACUACGGCCUGUGGCUCGCUGAGGGAAGACAUCAGACCAGGGGACAUCGUCCUCAUUGACCAGUUCAUUGACCGGACAACUAAGAGAGCUCAGACGUUUUAUGAUGGUGACCUCAGCAGUCCUGCAGGAGUCAGUCACAUUCCCAUGGCCGAACCCUUCUGCUCCAGAACCAGAGAGGUCCUGAGUGAAGCAGCGAGGUCUCUUGGUGUCUCCUUCCAUGUGAGUGGUACUAUGGUGUGUAUUGAGGGUCCUCGGUUCUCCUCUCGUGCCGAGUCUUUGAUGUUUCGUCAGUGGGGUGCUGAUGUCAUCAACAUGACCACCGUCCCUGAGGUUGUGCUUGCCAAGGAGGCGGGGCUCUGCUAUGCUGCCGUCGCCAUGGCAACUGACUAUGAUUGCUGGAAGCAGCAUGAAGAGGCGGUGUGUGUGGACAAUGUGCUGAAAACCAUGAAAGAAAACGCAAACAAAGCAAGCAGCAUCUUACUGACAGCCAUCCCACUGAUCAGCCAGCUGAACUGGGACGAGACACUCAGCCAGCACAAAGCGAUGGCUGCCUCCUCUGUGAUGCUGCCCAAACACUGAACCUCCUGAAGAUGGACACACACACACUACACUCUUCUGUAAUGAGCAAAGUGCCUGAUUAUAUUUCAGCCAGGGCGACACACACACACACACAAGAGAAUCUCACAUCUCACUUGUUAGUUUGAAUGUACUUUGAGCAUUGUGUGUUUGUUCAUUGUUUAGUUUUUACAGUAAACCACUUUUAUAGCAGAGAAACUCUGGAUCAGUCUGAAUAAUAAAUAAACAUGUUGUCUUCA